UCAGUAAGAACAGCAAAGACUGAUGAGCGAAGGACACAAAGAGAGAGAAGAGGAGAGAGAAGCCAGUGGGAAAAAAAUUGACGUGUGAGAGAGCAGCAGGUGGAUUGGACAGCAAAACUGGAUUACAGACAAGCAUUUUUUUAAAUCCUAUUUUUAAAGGAAGUUACUUUUUUUGUUCUUUGAUAGACAGCUAACCAUAACCUUUGCAGGCAGACAAAAAGGAUGGGAUGUGUAUCCAUGCUUUCUUUCGCUGCGGGUCAGAAAGUGGGUCAACACCUGAGAAGGAGCUGAAAGGAGCAGCACAACUGAGACAGUUUUGUCCUGCUGAAAGAGGGGAGAGACAGACUGAACUGGCUGGAGACACAAGACAUAAAAUGACAAAUUAUCAGGGAAUUUUAGAUCAUAUACAUUUAGUUUGAUAAAUACUGGAGGGAUACAUGGAUUGUCAGGUGGUUUCUAAUUUGUGAACAGCAUCAGUUUUACAUCUUGACAGACAAACUUAAACUGGUUUUACAGGCUACAUGUGGACUAAUUCAAGUAAACUGAUCCUACUGCUGGAAAUCUAGUCUGGUGACUGAGAAGUGGAGUUCACGUCUUUCCUAUGUCCCAGCAUUUUAAGUUCUUAUUCAACCAUAAAGAUAACCCAGCCAGUAUAUCUACAGUAUAGGAAGGUUUGUUUCUUCAGUCCACAGAAAGAGACACACACUCCACUGCACCUCCACCAUGCAGACCCCAGGACCUGAGCACGAUGACUCUUUUGAUUUCCUGUUUAAGAUCAUUUUGAUUGGAGACUCUAAUGUGGGGAAGACCUGUGUGGUUCAGAAUUUCAAGUCAGGGAUUUUCACAGAGAGACAGCAAAAUACCAUCGGGGUGGACUUCACUGUACGAACCGUGGACAUCGAGGGGAAGAAAGUGAAGAUGCAAGUGUGGGACACGGCAGGCCAGGAGAGGUUCCGUACGAUCACCCAGAGCUACUACCGCAGCGCUCACGGCGCCAUGAUUGCCUAUGACAUCACACGACGCUCGACCUUUGACUCAGUGACCCACUGGAUCAAGGAGGUGGAGCUGUAUGGGGCAGCCAACGUGGUGCUGGUCCUCAUAGGUAACAAAUGUGACCUGGAGCAGGAACGUCAGGUUCAGUUUGUGGAAGCCUGCAAUCUGGCAAAGGAGAAAGGCAUACUAGCUGCUCUAGAAACAUCAGCAAAGGAGAGUCAGAAUGUGGAAGAAGCCUUCAUGAUGACGGCCAGAGAGCUGUUGCUUCGGAACGGCCUUAAUGUCCAGCAGGGAGACGUGGAGAGCUCGCCUCGAGUUCUCCUCCGCGCCAACUCUCGGCCGGUCAACGGCGCCGUAGCUGCCUACACACCACCAGAUAAGAAGUCAUGCUGCUGAUAUAAGCUUCAGUGGGACAAGGAGGAUAAAAUGUGACAGCUGUCGGAAAUUAAGAAUAAGCAGAUUAAGUUGUACUUUUAAUCUUGAAUGUUGGGGAAGAGAAAUGAAAGAGGAUACAAAUAUGGAUGUGGAAUGUGGCUGCCAAGGCCUCAAGAACAAAGAAUGUUUCCAUUGAGGAAGUUUCGACAACUGUUGGAAAGUAUUGAAAAAUCAGUUCAGUGUACUUUUCCGUGACUUACCUGACAUGAAGACAUUUAGAGAAUGGGUCAGCUGGUGCUGCAAGGACGAGAAAGUCAAGGCUACAACCAGGCGUGUUUACCACUGAGACAAUAAGAGACAGUGAUGAGUGGCGAUGGGUGUGAUCAGUGUUGUGGUAAAGUUACAGUGAGCCAAUCUCAUUUAUAUCAACUAUAUCUGUACUUUCCUACACCAAUUAAUGUCAUAUAUGCAUAAAAUGCUGUGGGAUAUAUUUAAAUUAGCACUAGCAUAAAUAAUCAAAAUAAAAAAUAAGCAUUCUCAACAUCAGCCUCAACCAUGUUGUCUUUAACACACCCCAUUCAGUGGAAUGAGAACACAAAGAAUAACAUCUGGUGUGUGUUUUCACAUUGGAAUUGUUGUUCUUCUUGGAUUUUGUGCUGACUUCAUGCCUUGCUACUCCACUGAUAAGACUUUCAAUCUGGGAAAGAUCCAAAUGACCUCUUAUGUUACCUCUAUGAUGAGCUGUGAUCCCCUGCUGCUGGAUUAAAAUGCCCUGGAGAACCUACUACAAACCAGAAGGCUGUGAAUUAUAUAUAUUUUUUGUUUGUUUGACUUUUUUCCUGUGACAGUUGUAUGAAGAUGUCUUACGUUGUCACAAAUCAAGUCUGUAAUAGGCUGUGAACAUGUUCUGAUAAGUUCAUGUGAUGAAGCAGGGUGAAGUUUGACAUUUCAUGAGAAACAAAGGGUUCUGUAGGGGCUUUGAUUGUGGGUGUCACAUACAAAUGGGUGAAAAAUUAAGGGAGAAACCUCCACAAAGUGUCUUAGAAAGUCUCUUGAAAUCUACGUGAAGGAUUCUUCUAAAAGAUAUUCCCUCAUUUUCUUGUAUUGAUGACUGUGGGCAGAAUGUUACCAGUUAAAAAUCUCCCCAACUAAGCCGAGAUCUGGUGACUGUGAACACCACAGUAUAUGAUUCACAUCAUGUUCAUACUGAUUAAACCAUUCAGUGGCCUCUUGUCUGUGUGUAGGCGCCUGAGUUAUGUUUCUCCACUCUUUUGUGCACACUGUCUUUUAAAUUAUCACCUGUUUGUAUGAGAACUGGUUUGAGAAGGUUUGGGCUGUGGCUAAUUGAUGAUAACUUUAAGGACGCCUUCCUCUAAAUCAUUGUGAACACUAGAGGGCACUGUGCUUUUACACAUAACUUCAUAACUGCAGGUUGGAUGCCCCUUGCCUGAGACAAUAAAGAUCAACUUAAGUUAAAACAUCUGUGACUGCAUUAAGAAGCAAUUCACUAUGUUUACAUGCGACCCAGUAAACAGGAAAAAGUCGAAUCACCUCUUAGACUGAAUUAUGCCAAGAGCACUUCCUGCAAACACAACAGCCAAACUACAGUAACUGAGCUGACAAGGCGCCCAUCCAGGAUAUAAUCUUUGUGUGUUUAGUGCCAAGUUGGCAGGUCUUGUUUAAACACCGACCUGGAAGUCAUGUAGCUGGACUUGUACUUUCUGACACUGAGACAACUAAUCUGCCUUAAUUUUCAUUCAUUUAGUCAUGAGUGGAACAAUCGUUAUCCUUCCUCCAUCGAGCAACUCAAAAAUGACCAACCUUUGACAAUAAAACUAUUUUUUCCUCUUUAGUUUCAAUCUUAAUUUUAGUGACAAGAAGUUCUGCCAGGAGUUCUGUGCAUCACUUAGUAGAACACCUUUUCAGAAAAAAUAAACCCA